GAACAGCUACAUUAAUGGAUAAUGAAGAAGAGGUAUUUGAGAACGAAGAAUUCGCGGGUCUCAACUUUGAAGCUCAAGCUAAGAAAAAUAAAGGAUAUGAAGAAGCGGCAAAUAAUUUAAAUAAUUUGGUGUUUGACACAAAAGACAGUCCAUUUUAUAUACAUUCUUUUCAAAUUCAUGGUACAAAAAAGACGCGUCGAUCACUGUUCGAGUCUGUGUUUCAUCCUGCAUUACAUGCCCGCACAUUGGGUUCGGUAAUUGAUGAAGUUCGUAUAUCCGCAGAUAAAUUGAAUCGCCUCGACAUAUUUAAAUAUGUAGAUGUAUUGCUCGAUAACAACAAUGACCCAUUUGCACAACCCGGAGCUAUUGAUGUUAUUUUAUCUGUAGAAGAAAAAAGCAGAUUUUGGAUAAAGACUGGGACUGAAAUUGGUAAUGAUGCAGGGAGUGCGAAUAUUUCUUUGAAUAUUCGUAAUGUAUUUGGUGGCGCAGAAUCAUUAGAAACUUAUAUGUCGGCUGGAACACAGACUUCACAUGUAUUUGAGUUUUGUUUAGCAAAACCGAUUAAUGGAAAUCCAGAUUCCACGAUUGACAUUUCAGCGUAUAGAUUAACAAGGAAUAAUCAAAGUUUUAGUUCUCAUGACGAAAUAUUGCAAGGAAUGGCGCUAAGAUGGAGACGUCUUUCCAAAUUAGGAUUAUACGAGUUAGCUUACGGAGCAUCGUGGAGACAAAUUUGUAAUAUUGCUCAUGAUGCAACACUAAGGCAAAUUCUAACAUACAUAAGUCAUUCUUUAAAAUCAUCUGUGUCACAUUCUUUUAUGCGAGAUAAGCGCGACGAUAUAAUGUUGCCCUCGCGCGGUUACUACAUUAAGUUAUUUCAGGAAUUCGCGGGAAUUGGUGGGGACGUUCAUUUUAUUAAAAAUGAAGUCGAGAGUCAAAUUAAUUUUCCUCUCGGUAAAGGCUUUAUUCUUAGUGCAUCACUCAGAAAUGGAAUUCUAUUUCCAUUGGAAGUUCACCAGUCAAAAAUUAGUGAUAGAUUUUUCCUUGGUGGAGCACAAUCCGUGAGAGGAUUUAAAUUGAAUGGAAUAGGUCCAAGAGAAGAUAAAAGGGAUUCACUUGGAGGUGAUGCUUAUGUUGCGGCAGGUGUAAGUCUUUUCACUCCGUUACCCAAGUUGAGCAGAUAUCCGGUUAAAGGGCAUUUCUUCUUAAAUGGGGGAAGUUUGGUACAAGUAAAUCCACAUCAACCGCUUACUUAUGCCUUCCGAAAUCUUACAAGGGCACCUAGUGUUUCAGCAGGCGUAGGAAUAGUAUAUAGAAGUAGCAUUUUAAGAUUAGAAAUGAAUUUCUGUUUACCGUUGGUAGCAACAAAUACUGAUAAGUUAAAAAAGGGAUUACAAUUAGGACUAGGAUUUAAUUUUUGGUGA